AUGGCUCCUCCGGUUCGGCCAUCCCGUUCUCUGGAAGGCCUCGAACGAGUCAUUCCUCCUCUCUCUCUGUCGCCCAAGGUGCCUUUCUCCCCUCGACUCUUCCUCAACAAACCUCUCCCCGCCAGGCCUCUCCCCGAAGAACCAGAGUGUUCAGCCAUGUGGAGUGACUCCAGCGACAGUGAAUCAACCGUCGACAGUAUCGUCAGUCCGUCAGAACCUCGCGACUUCGAGUAUCCCAUCUUCGUCGGCGCUGACGACUUCGACUUGGUCGAUCACCCGGCUCCAUCCGCCGACCCACUCCCCGUCCCCCCACUCCGCACGGACAUUGAUCUCGAUAUAGAGAUAGACGAACUUGAAGAACUUGAAGACGUCGCGUCAAUUGCAGAGGAUCCGCCAUUAUCAGUUUCAGUUUCUUCAUCAUGGUCAGAUACCCAGCACGGCCGACCCGUCCACUGGGCUCAGAAUCGCCCCGGCACGAGCCACUAUUUCCGCGAGAAGAAGUGGGACUAUUUCCCCGAACUGGCUCCAUCAACCCUCCAAGUCGGCGGACGCAUCAGUCCAUCCACCCAUUCAAAGCGCAAGAAGAACCUCUCCGCCUUGGAUUUUACAAAAGCCAGAUAUCGCUGGCACUCGCUCGAUCGCACAGGUCUAGGCGGCGUCCGCGAAUCAAUCAAGACAUACGUGCACCGAACUCUCUCGCGCGAUAGCACAGAGACCAAAUCCAAAGAAGUGGCACGUCCAUCAACAGCCCCAAUGGAUAGACACAUCGACGAAGCAGGUAGUACCAGCAUCCUGGGCACCAGUCUAGGCAGCAAAGUUCACAUCCCACACCACUCCUCCCUAGACGAUGCCCCAUUCCGCGCCAUAUCAGUCUCAACAGUGUCAACAUCAGCAUCGGCAUACAGCACCAGUACCAAAGCCAACGCUAGAGUCGCCAGUCUCAGUGCGAGCGACUACGACAACCCCAACCAUCACAUGUACUACCCGCUCCACUCCCCCCUCUCACCAGUCUCCCCAACCGCGCCAAACAUCCUCCGUCAGAAACAACUCGCCGUGCCACUGUCUCCGUAUCAGAAAUAUGGAUCGUCCAUCUGGGAAACUCCCAAGAAGUCGAAGAAACGGGGUGUUCAAUUCCCCAAAUAUGCCAAGUCGCUUGCAUCUCCCACUCUUGAACCGGAGGCUUAUCCAUACCCCGGCUUGGCGUCUGGUUCUGCUCCGAAUCCUUCGCAGAUCUCAUUUGCCAAUCCUACGCCGCCACUCUCUCCUCCGCUUAAGUCGCAACUUUUGCAGAAUACGCGUGGUGCCGUGAAGGUUCUGCAGAGGAAGAAGAAUGAGUCUAAGGAGGAGAAGAGGAGGGAGUUGCUGAAGGCUCAGAUUAAAUUUGUUGGGCCUGUUAAUCCUCAUACUUAUGGGAAGGAUCCUUGGGUUUGA